AUGUCGUUGUCGAUGCAAAUGAACUGCAGAGCCGCGCCGACGCCCGCCAUCCUCCUCCUCCUCCUCACGCACGCUCAUGACACCUCCGCGUUGCGGCUCGCGGUCCGUCCCAAGCUGUGGCUCCUCGAUCGCGACGGCUGCAUUAACGCCGACGUCGGCUCUCCUGGCGUUGUGCGUCGCGAGGACCUGCAUCUGAUCCCGGGCAGCGCCGGCGCCAUCACACGCCUAAGAUUGUUUGCGCCGGUGGCGGUUGUGACGAACCAGAGCGCGAGGGGCAAAGGCCUGCUCAGCGCCGCCGGGCUCGACGAGAUCCACGAGCGCUUGCGGCACCUCAUCGCCUCGGCGGCCCGCGGCGGACUCGCCUCCGAGGACGGCUCUCGCUGGGACGGCCUCUACGCGCUGCACGACUUUACGUGCGAGCCGAGCGAGGCAGUGAUGGUCGGCGACUCGUGGUCCGACGUGGCGAGGCGGGCGGGCUGUGUGCCCGUCCUCCUGGCGACAGGUCACGGGCAGGCGCUGGCAGCCGCACUCCGCCGCCAGGGCACGCGGCUGCCGGCCUCGCUGACGGCGGCGGCGCUGUCGGAGGCGGCGCUGGUCCGCGAGGCUCUCUGCGGCGGGCCUGUCAGCGUGUACGAGACUCUCGCGCAGGCGGCAGACGCACUCCUCGCCUAA